UUCGCUCGCGUCGCAGUUCAGUAGGAGGCAUGAACGGGGAUAGGUCGGAGCAAAGAUCGGCGGGUUUGAGCCGCAGCUAUUCCGAGCAUGCAGCUCUCGUGCUCAGACACUUUGAACGGCAACGCGGCGAGCUAAAGUGCUCGCGCUCCGGACCGGACUUCCGGAUCGACUGCCGUCAGGAUGAGGAGGAGACGCUCACAGAGAGCCGCGAUGGACAAAGGACCUGGCGUAUCUCGGGCUCGCCGUCGGAAGAUGACUACGCGGCGGGGAAGCAGCAGCACUGCCAUCGAAAGAGGCUGGAACUCGGCAGCGGGGACUCUAACGCCAUCAGCAGCGACUUCUCCGAAUUGAGUUUGGAGCGGCGACAGACCACGGAAUCGACUGUUUACGAGGGUUCGAGAGUGUUAGCUGCGUCCAGUACGCCAGAGACAACGACUUCGUCGAUGGAACGGCGAUGUCGGUUAUUCGAUGAUGACGAGCGAUACAGCUGUGCUACUGACAACGAGGAGGACCGCGAAGCUGGAGGCGGCGAGCCACAGGAGUCGCAGUUCCGUCACCGAAAAUCCCCGCCAGCUAUGCACGAAAUGGAAGCCAGCAAUUCUUGGAGUACUACCUCGUUAUCGUCCGGUCGUCAUCGUCUCAACGGCGUCCCAUUGCUCCGUCAAAUAUCUUACGAAGACUGGGCGCGCGAGAAGCGUCUGAAGCUUCAGAAUCGACGAGAGGAGGAGCGUCGCGCUGAGGAGCGCAAACGCGAGGCCGAAGAGCGCGAGGCACGAGAACGCGAGGCUCGAGAGCGUAGGGAUAACGAAUCCUAUUUGGGCUGGCUGGAGAGGAAACGUCGCGAACAAACACUGAAACGGCAGCUGCUCGACAAGGAGCUCGAGCUCCAGCACCGGCUACGCGAGCUAGAGAACAAAGCAAAAAGUGCCAAGGACGUCUUCCUCAAGCAGUGGUGUAGGAAGAAGGACGAAUUGAUCAAGACUUGUGAGAAAGAGGAGCUGAUGCGAAAAAAGAAGGCUGAAGAGGAGAAAGAGAGGAGACUUCAAGAGAGCUCUAAAGCUUACGAAAAGUGGCGAGAAAAAUCGAGGAAUACGCCUAAACCCGCUACCCAAGGACUGUUACCGCAUCAAAAAGUCAAGCCAGCGUUCACAAAUCCUACACCAUGGCAGCCGCUAUUAGAGAAGGACAGCGACGAUUCCGACAACUCGAGUCCUGCAGUGACGACUUCAAGAGUAGUGAAAACAAAUCGGCGCAGCAAAAGAACAGCCGUACGUAGAUAAGGAGCCACGCUUUGAACAAUCAUCAUUGAAUGAUGUAAGAUACAUGUUUUUAUUAUUUUAUUUUUUGAGACGACGUUGAUGAGACGUGCGUAUUUACAUAAAUAUUGCAUUUAUUCAUAUAAA